UAAUUUGACACAUAUCGGACACACAUACUGGUGCGAACGAGGAAAAGAAGUCGAUGUUAAAUUGUUAAAUUUUUGCAAGAAAAAACAAAGCAAUUGUAAAUAAAGAUUGAGGAAUUUGUCAACAAACGUCUUGCCCAGACAUGUCGGACAGCCAAACGUCGGAGUCCAAGCCAUCAGCGUCAUCAAGUUUAAGUGAUUUGCGGCAAUUUCGCAUUAACAAAAAUGCAUCGUCCCCAGCUUCGCAAAGUAAAACUGAGCGUCUGCCAGGCAGGAAGCGUAUCCAGGUGAUGGCGGACAGCGAUAGCGACGGUGCUGAUAGCCAGACUCCGAAAAAAACCAAAAUAGAGCUCUCGGUUAAGGAAAAGGAGGAGCGCUACAUGGCAGCUGCUAAAAUCUCGCCAAAUUAUGAUACAAUGGCCAUUCAAGAGUCACUAUCUCGAACAAAUUGGGAUGUGGCUGCCUCCAUACGAUAUCUGAGGGAACAUUGCAGGCCGAAGCAUCAAAAUGGUCCCAUUGAUAGACCCAAAAUGAAGCCCAGUUCAAAUGGAACCAAAUCCAGUACAAACAAUUACUCCGAUGCUGAUAAUUCUGGUGAUGAAGAUGUUAAACAAUCCAAGGAUCAAGUGUAUGACAGUGAUGACAGUGACACUGAGAUGUCCACCAAGAUGACAGGCCAACGUAAAAAAGUAUUCCAAUUUAUGAACUCAGCCAGCAUAAUAGAAUUGCAAUCGGUGAAAACGUUGUCCGAGAAGAAAGCAGCUGUCAUUAUGGAAUUGCGUCCAUUCAACGAUUGGUCCGAAUUACGCAGCAAGCUGGAGAGUAACAAAAUGUCUGGGGAUUUGCUUAAUUAUGCCCAGGAGUUGAUUAACAAGCAAAAUACAGUCGCUGAAAUCUUAAAUAAAUGCAACAAUAUGGUUAAUCGUCUCGAAACGGCAAUAGCGAAUGGCGCUGGCAUAGUCGAACAGCCAAAAAUUCUUUCAAGCGGCUUACAGUUGGCUGACUAUCAAAUAAUUGGCCUAAAUUGGCUUACAGUGAUGCAUAAACAGGAAAUGAAUGGCAUUCUGGCCGACGAAAUGGGUCUGGGCAAGACUAUACAGAUCAUAGCAUUUCUGGCUUAUCUUAAAGAGAAUUGCCUAAGCAAGGCGGCGCAUUUGGUUGUUGUACCUUCAUCCACAUUGGACAAUUGGGAGGCCGAAAUUGAACGUUGGUGUCCCAAUUUGGUUGUUAUGAAAUAUCAUGGCUCUCAGGAUGAAAGGCGUCGAAUGCGUGCGAAAUUUGCUAAGGAUGGUUUCACAGGUUUUGAUGUUCUAUUAACAACUUACCACAUAGUUGGCUCUACACCAGAGGAACGAAAAAUGUUUCGUGUUUGUAAGCUGCACUAUGUCAUUUUUGAUGAGGCUCACAUGUUAAAGAAUAUGACAACACAGCGUUAUGCCAAUUUAAUUACAAUUAAUGCUGGAAAACGUAUUUUAUUAACUGGUACACCAUUACAAAACAAUCUUUUGGAAUUAAUCUCUUUGCUCUGCUUUGUAAUGCCCAAGUUUUUUGCCAAAAGCAUUGAAGAUAUCAAAACAUUGUUUGUCAAAAAAGGUAAAAGUGAUGGCGAUCAGGAGGAAGUAUCGCAAUUCCAAGAGACACAAAUACAGAGGGCUAAACGUAUAAUGAAACCAUUUGUAUUGAGGCGUCUUAAAAAAGAUGUUCUUAAAAACCUGCCUAAGAAGACUAGCUAUGUGGAAAAAGUUCCAAUGAGUAGCCAACAGAAGCAAUACUAUCAUGAACUCAUUGACUAUUAUUCCAAUAACAAAGGUGUUGUAUGUGGUAGCAGUGAUCGAGCUGGCAUUGCCAUAAUGAUGGAAAUGCGUCGAAUUGCCAAUCAUCCAUUGCUGAUGCGUCACUAUUUUACCGAUGAACAAUUGCGUGUGUUUUCCAAACGUCUGGCGAGUAGCAGUUCCUAUAAGAAAACCAAUGAGCAAUACAUAUUUGAAGAGUUGGCUGUUAUGUCAGAUUUUCAAGUAUAUCAGCUGUGCAACAAAUAUCAAUUGUAUGAUGUAAAAAUUCCCGAUCAUUUAAUCGUUGACUCUGGCAAAUUUAGUUAUCUUGAUAAGAUUUUACCCAAACUUCGUGAGGAGGGACAUCGUGUAUUGCUUUUUAGCCAAUUUACCAUGAUGCUGGACAUUGUGGAGGAAUAUCUGAGAAUACGAAAGCAUGGAUUUUGUCGUUUGGAUGGCGGUACGGCUGUCAAAGAGCGACAAGAUCUAAUUACCGAUUUCAAUGUGGAUGAUAAUAUAUUUGUUUUUCUACUGUCAACCAAGGCUGGUGGUGUGGGGAUUAAUUUAACCGCAGCCGAUACUUGCAUAAUACAUGAUAUUGACUUUAAUCCAUAUAAUGAUAAACAGGCCGAGGAUCGAUGUCAUCGCAUGGGUCAAAUGCGACCAGUUAGUAUUUAUCGUUUAAUAUCGGAAAGUACCAUUGAGGAGGGUAUACUAAUGGCUGCCGAAGAGAAGCUAAAACUAGAAAAGGAUAUCACAUCGACAGCUGGUGACAAGGGUGAUGUCCAUGAACAGCGCUGUGUGGUAAAAUUGUUGACCUUGGCUUUGGGUCUCGAUAAGGAUCAAGAGGAACAACUAAAUAAUUCACUUAAUAAUUCCCUGGCAACGCCCACCAAGUAACCAUACAACCAAUCAACAAACACUUAAGUCCUAAUCCUCCCAUAUUUAUUAUAACGCUAUUGAUUACACACACACACACACAUACACACACAAACACACACACACCAAUUCAUUAUUUACCUGUUUUCCAAAAUCUUCUCCAUAGUAUGUAUUUUAGCACGCUGUUUUUUUUUUUUCUUUUGUAACGUAAACUAUUUGUGUGAUUUUUUUCCACGUAAUUUUAAAAAUCAAUAUUGUAUUAAAUUAUCAUAUUAUAAACAUGAAAAUUCAGCUGAAAA